UUUCUAUCAGAAUAAUGACAUAACGUUAUAUAAACACAGACUUUAAUUCUGACAGAGCUAAACCGGAAACAGUAGGAGCAUAACCCGGAAGUACAUUAUAACCCUGACCUGUGUGUAGAAACAGCGUGAGGAAAACCUGGACAUACUUUUAAGGGUUUUUUUGACCUUACGUGAGAUUUCAUAAAGAGACUGGCCUUUGUUUAAGUUUUUUUUUCUUUAAAGUGAUGUUACGUUUCUAGCUGUAGCGUGUGUUAGCCUUAGCAUUAGCACACAUCCUACCCCACAAUGUCAACAAUACCAGAGACACCGGCAGGAGGAGUACAAGUCCAUACAGCGACAAAAAACUCGACAGUUAAGAACUGCUGGAGCUGUCGGCUCAUUCCUGGAGGAGGGUUGAUUCUGUGCGGGGCGUAUGUGUUCAACGCAUCCCGGAGGAUGAUUGGGAAAGGCGGACCUCCAACCAUAGGCACUGUGUUGCAGAUUACUUUUGCUACGAGUUUAGCUGCAUGGGGGAUUGUCGUCAUCGCCGACCCGGUGCGAAAAGCGCAGAAGAAGACGUGAAGACUCUUUUUAUAUUAACAUUCAAACCAGUUCAGACGGACAGGUGUUAUUCUCGCGAGAGUUCUGACAUCCAAAGAAGUCCCACCUUAUGACCAGAAGUAAACUUAUAUUAUUACACUGACUGUUCUGCAUGGACAAAUUACAGCCAUGUUUGGGAAAAAAUGGCAUCAAUAAGAAAAUAAUUAUUUAUACAUUGCAAACAGAAAUUAAAUGGAUUCAGCUGG